UUUCAUGAAAACCUCCCAAUUUCUCAUUCUUCAGCUUUCUUCUUCUGCUUUUGUUUUUAUUCUACUUACAUAUACUUCAUUUAUCUUCGUCUGCUGCUUAAAGUUUAACAUCUUUUACUCAUAAUUUUUUUAUCAUAUUUGUUACAGUCUAAAGGUAAUGUUAUGCCAGUUAUGGGUAAUCUACCACAUUUUACCCCUUGAAUUAUUCAAAUGUUCCAAUGGUCUGCUAAAUUGCAGUCCUAUACCUUUGCCAACCUGUGAGUGGACUAUUGCACAAGAAAAGAAUACGUUGACAACAUCUACAAGCUUCAUUCGUCCUCUUUUGCUUCUCUUCCAGUGUAUCCGAUUCCCCGAACAGAAAUUUUGCUGUAAAACCCAGGUCAGAUCUUGUCCAAUCAUGUCUAUUUCUUAAACCCAGAGGUACUCGAACUUCCAUGGUCAUACCUUUUUUUGGUGAUAUUCAACAAAUACUCAUUAACCCUUUUAACCUUGUGGCUUAAAGCUCUUGUAUUUGCUCCAAGUUUAAACCUUUUUAAGCUAAAUCCAAAUGGGUGUGGGCAUUUCAGUCUUGGUAGGAUUAAAUGCAGCUGCUUAUAUUUUCAUUUUUACAUACUUGAAAACUUUAGGUUUCACAUUAUUUUCAUUAUUAUUUUUGUAUGCAUCACUAGUUUUAGUACUUGUUGCAUUUGCAUCUCAUCCAUCCAUUAAUCUUCCAAUGCUUUUGGGGAAGAAAUCAGAUGGGAGUUUCCCCAUUUGGUCAACAAUCAUGUUUAGUCCGUUCAUAUAUUUUGUCAGAAUCUAUUCAAUAUUGAGAAGACUGACGAGUGGUGAAGAGCCUUAUAAUGAGAUUUGUGAAGGGUUUUAUGUUGGUGGGUGGCCUUCUUCACUUAUUACAUUGCCACCUGGUAAACCUGCCGUUAUUGAUUGCACUUGUGAGUUUCCUAGAAUGAAGGAACUUGAAGGGUGCCCUUAUUUGUGUGUGCCCACUUGGGAUACCAGGGCGCCUCAGCCAGGGGAAAUUGAGUCUGCCGUGAAGUGGGCUUGUCGAAAGAGAGCUCAAAAUCGGCCAGUUUUCAUCCACUGUGCACAUGGUCAUGGAAGAAGUGUUGCUGUGAUGUGCGCGCUAUUAGUGGCUUUGGGUAUCACAGAAGAUUGGAAAAAGGCCGAGAAUUUCAUCCGUGAAAGGCGACCUUAUAUUCGAAUGAAUGCUCUGCACCGCAAGUCACUGGAAGAAUGGUCUAAAAACCGAUUAUCUACCCCAAAGAGGAAUGAAUGAAUGUCCUGUUAUGCUCUCCAUUGCUUCUGGACACACAAUCUGAUAUAGCAGGAAAGAAGACUAUUUACAUUCCCCUUUAGUUCUGAUGACUGGAAUUGCGUCUUAUGCGAUGAAUCUUAACCAGUACUAUUUUCUUGUUUAUUUGAUUUGAUUCCUUGUCAAAGAAUAUGAUUAUGUUGUCUGAUGAUAAAAUUGUAUUAUUUUAGGAUAUAGUAACAUUCAGCAAAACCAUCUUCUCCAUUCAAUGACUCUUCUAUAAUGUUUAAUGUAAAUUUUUUUCCAUGUUUAA